CGGCGACAGCUACAGCUUCGGAGGAAGCGGCUGCGGAGGAGGAAGGCGAGGAGUCGGAGAGGCGGGAGCCACGGGCGGGAUUCUCGCCAUGGGUCCGCGGACCUAGAACGGUGGAAGGUACCAGCCGUGAGCCGAGCUGGCCUCUGCUUCUUCCGUGGUCCCCAUGGCUGAGGACUGGCUGGACUGCCCAGCCCUGGGCCCUGGCUGGAAGCGCCGUGAGGUUUUUCGCAAGUCAGGUGCCACCUGUGGACGCUCAGACACCUACUACCAGAGCCCCACAGGAGACAGGAUCCGAAGCAAAGUUGAGCUGACCCGAUACCUGGGCCCUGCAUGUGAUCUCACCCUCUUUGACUUCAAACAAGGCGUCCUCUGCUAUCCAUCCCCCAAGGCCCACUCCUUGGCCAUCACCAGCAGGAAGCGGAAGAAGCCUUCGAAGCCAGCCAAGGCUCGGAAGUGUCAGGUUGGACCUCAGAAGAGUGAAGUCAGGAAGGAGGCACCAAGGGAUGACACCAAGGCUGACACUGACACAGUCCCAGCUUCACUUCCUGCCCCUGGGUGCUGUGAGAACUGUGGAAUCAGCUUUUCAGGAGAUGGUACCCGAAGGCAGCGGCUCAAGACUUUGUGCAAGGACUGCCGAGCACAGAGGAUCGCUUUCAAUCGGGAGCAGAGGAUGUUUAAGCGUGUGGGCUGCGGGGAGUGCACGGCCUGCCAGGUAAAGGAAGACUGUGGGGCCUGCUCCACCUGCCUCCUGCAGUUGCCCCAUGAUGUGGCCUCGGGGCUCUUCUGCAAGUGUGAGCGAAGACGGUGCCUCCGCAUUGUGGAAAGGAGCCGAGGGUGUGGAGUGUGCCGGGGCUGUCAGACCCGAGAGGACUGUGGCCGCUGUCGAGUCUGCCUUCGCCCUCCCCGCCCCGGGCUCCGGCGCCAGUGGAAGUGCGUCCAGCGGCGCUGCCUCCGGCACCUUGCUCACCGCCUCCGUCGCCACCAUCAACGAUGUCAACGACGCCCUCCCCUGGCUGUGGCUCCCCCUGCUGGUAAACACGGCCGCCGCAGGGGAGGCUGCGACUCCAAGGUGGUGCCCCGGCGGCGUCCACCCCGAGCCCAGUCACCGCCUCCACCUCCCCCACCGCAGCCUCCAGAGUCUCCGGAGCUGCACCCCAGAGCCCUGGCCCCCUCGCCACCUGCUGAAUUCAUCUAUUACUGUGUAGACGAGGACGAGCUACAGCCUUACACAAACCGUCGGCAGAACCGCAAGUGUGGGACCUGUGCAGCUUGCCUGCGGCGAAUGGACUGUGGCCACUGCGACUUCUGCUGUGACAAGCCCAAGUUUGGGGGCAGCAACCAGAAGCGCCAGAAGUGUCGCUGGCGCCAGUGCCUGCAGUUUGCUAUGAAGCGGUUGCUGCCAAGUGUCUGGGCAGGGCCCGAAGAUGGGGCAUCGCCGCCCCCAGCUCACCCUCGUCGAAAGAGGCCUGGCUCUACUCGAAGGCCCCAUCUGGGUCAGACCCUGAAGCCUCCCUUGGCCACACCCGCAGCUCAACCAGACCGAGCCCAGACUCCAGUGAAGGAGGAAACAGGCAGUGGCUUUGUGCUGCCCCCACCUGGCACUGACCUUGUGUUCUUACGGGAGGGUGCAAGCAGUCCCGUGCAGGUGCCUGGCCCAGCCCCGGCUUCCACAGAAACUCGGUUGCAGGAGGCCCAGUGCCCUGGCGUGAGUUGGGUUGUGGCCUUACCCCAGGUGAAGCAAGAGAAGGCGGAUGCCCAGGAAGACUGGACACCUGGCACAGCCAUCCUGACUUCUCCUGUAUUGCUGCCUGGCUGCCCCAGCAAGGCAGUAGACCCAGGCCUGCCAGCAGUGAAGCAAGAGCCACCUGACCCUGAGGAGGACAAGGACGACAGCAAGGCUGACUCCACCUCUGACUUGCCCCCAGAGGAGGAGGCAGGAGGGGCUGGCACGCCCGUGAUCACGGAGAUUUUCAGCCUGGGUGGAACCCGCCUCCGGGACACAGCAGUCUGGUUGCCAAGCCCCGCGAGGCGCACCACUGGCAACCAGACCAGUGCAUCUCACAAGCUCGUCCCGCCGGUAGCUGCGGUUGGGGAACCGCAGCGGACAUCACCCCCAACCCGAGGAGGCUCCAAAAUGUACAGCCAGCGGUUUGGCAUCGUACAGAGAGAGGUUAAGGGGCCCACUCCCAAAGUGGUGAUCGUGAGAGCCAAGCCUCCCAAAGGCCAAGGAGCUGAGCAUCAUCUGCAAAGAAUCCAACACAGCCAUCAGAAACAUCAUGCUAUUUUGGCUUCCAUUAAGUCAAUCGAGCGGGAUCGCUUGAAAACUGAGUGGGACCAGCACAAUGACCGCAAGUUUGUGGACAGUCUUGUGAAAGCAAGAGUUAAGGAUGCCAUGCAAGGGUUUAUCAUCAACACUGAAGAAAGACGAAAUAAGUUACGUGAACUUUUAGCAUCCGAGGAAAAUGAGUAUUUUACUGAAAUGCAAUUGAAAGAAGAAACAAUUGAGGAGAAAAAAGAUAGAAUGAAAGAUAAAAUAAGAUUAUUAAGAGAGAAGAAAGAAAAAGAGAGACAGGAUUUUGUGGCUGAAAAGCUAGACCAGCAAUUCAGGGAACGCUGCCAGGAGCUCCGCGCUGAGCUGUUUUGUAUCCAUCAGAAGGCUGUGUGCGAGGAGCGUAAAGCUCAGAUAGCGUUUAACGAGGAGCUGAAAAGGCAGAAGGUGGUGGAAGAGCAGAUGUUCUCAAAGCUCUGGGAGGAAGACCGCCUGGCCAAAGAGAGGCGAGAGGCUAAGGAGGAGAGGAGGCAGAAGGAGCUCGUGGAGAACACGCGCCUGGGGCUAAAUGCCCAGGUCACCAGCAUCCAGGCGCAAAGGCAGGCGGCGCAGCGGCUGAAGGAGGAAGAGGCACUACUCGUGGAAAAUGAAAAUGCACAGGUGAAACUUGAGAAUGAACAGGAUAAGCUAAAGAAACAGAAGACAAAACAGGAAAUAAGGGCUGCUUUGCAAAAAGCCCUCCAAGAGAAGAUGGAGCGUAUGCAGCAGGAAUACAGAGAAGAGCAGGAUUUGAACAUGAAGCUCAUGCAAAAUGCCCUUCAAAAUUUACAGGAGGAAACUGAUAAAAAGAAGCAAAAAAAAGAGGAUAUGAGGAGAGAACAGAAGAUAUAUUAUCAAUACUUGGCACAGCGGCAUGAGGAAGAAAAAGCUCAGGAGAAAGAAUUGGAUAGAAUGUUAGAGAAAGAGAAGGAAAAGAAGUUUGCUGAGAAGGACAAGGAGCUGAGACUUGAAAAGGAGGCAAGAAAACAACUUCUGAAUGAGGUCAUGUGUACAAGAAAACUUCAAGUUCAAGAAAAGUUGCAACGGAAAGCCAAAGAACGGGAAGAACGUACUAUGGAACAGGAACGUAUAAAUGAAGGUCUUAAAGAGCUUAACUGUGAAGAGAGGGAGAAUUUUACAAGACGCUGCAGUUUAGCCCAGGAGUACAGGAAGCAACUUCAGAUGCAGAUAUGCUCCCAGCAGCAGGCCCGGGAAGCAGAAAAGGAAGAGGAGCGCCGAGAGUUUGAAGCGGGGAUAGCAGCAGAAAAGAGCUUCCAGGACAAGAUCCAGGAGAUCCUGUCCACCCACCAAGUGGUGCCCCGAAACAUCCAUCCCAUGCGAAGGGCAUGUUCUACUAAGCUUCCGCCAUAGUUGCAUAAGCACCAACCUAUUUUUUCUCAGUCUUUUCUAUUUUAAAAUACAGUAUGUCUCUUUUAACUCAUGGAUAAAUUGUUCUUUUAUUCUCUGAGUUUCCAUAAUUAUAUGCCAGGAAAUUUUCUUCUUUCAAAUUAAACUGCUCCUUUCGUAGACUGUCAAGAAAUGAUCCACUUCCUGUGAUGAUGAAUGACCCACACAGUUAGCAGUCCUGACUUACCUCCAUGCCUCCCUUUCUUGUUCAUUUAUUAGUAGCUUCACUUUCUUUCAUCCGUCUGCCCAUAUGCCCAUUUCCUCUUGCUUCCAUUCUCUUCUCUCCUGUAGACAUAGUUCUCUCCCUCUGUGUUUAUGCCCUUGUGUAGUCCCCUUCCACCCUGAAUCUUGGGCACUAUAUAAAAAAUAUGUUCAUUUACUGGUUAAAAAAAAACCAAGGUAGAAAGAAGUCAACAAUGGUCAUAUUCCUAACGCUCAGCAUUAUCAUUAUUUUCACUUCUCUGAGUUCCCUCCCAGGCUUUGUUACAUGGAUACUCAUUUUUGUUUUGUAAACACACUGCCAUGUUCCUUCACCUACCAUAUUUACAAAUGGAUGCAUGAUAGUCUACUGGGUUAGUGUAUUAUGAUUUAUUAAACAAUGGACUUUGAGUUUGUUUCAAAUUUGUCCCUAUAGCAAAUUAUUCGAUAACAACAUUCAUUUGAAUUAUUUCCUUAGAAUCAAUCAAUUCCCAGGUGUGGGGUUUCUGGGUCAAAGGGGAUUGACAUUUAUAUACUUUUACUUCCAAGUACCAUAUUUGCAAAAGCAAUUUUUAGAGUUGUAGACUUUUAGGGAAAUGUUUUCAGGGCCAAUUGAUAUAUUCCCUGAUAGUUUAAAAAUGUCUUUAAGCAAAUUGUUUGCUGGAAUUUCUGAGAGGUUUUUUUCUUUAACCUUUCUACCCGUUCAUCACUCUUACCUCAGCUCUGGGAGUCUACCUCCUCUGGAUCCUUUCAAGCCCCCUUGAAAGUUAAUCUCUAAUCCAAAAGUAGGAGUCUUGGCCAGGAAAAAAAAAAAAAAAAAGGAAAAAGAGAGAACUAUCCUUAAGUUUUGUUGAAAAUAAGCUGACCAUUAUUAUAAGGGUGUAUUUCCAGACACACUACUCUGUUCCAUUAAUUUAUUUGUCUGUCCUCAUACCAACACGACACUGUGGUAAGUAUUGUAGCCUUAAAUAAGGCUUGAAAUUGCUAGUGUAGCGUCCAAAUUGUUCUUUUUUUCCCCCAGUUUUUGUCUAUUGUAGAUUCUUUAAAUAUCCAUAUAAUUGUUAGGAUCAUUUUGUCAGUUUCUACAAAGAUGCCUACUGAGAUUUCGAUAGAGAUGGCAUUUACUCUAUAGAUCAGUUUGGGGAGAACUCCCAUCUGAGCAAUAAUGAGCUUUCCAACCCAUGAAGAAGGUCAACCUCGUCGUUCGCUUAGGUCUUCUUUAGUUUUUUAAGCAGCGUUUUAUAGUUUUCAGUGCGCAGGCCUGUGCUUCUCUUGUUAAGCUUGUUCCUAAGUCUCGCUCUGUAAUGCUGUUGUGAACAGAAUUGUUUUCUUAAUUUCAGUUUUGGAUUAUUCAUUAUUAACGUGUAGCAAUAUAAUUGAUUUUUGUACAUUGAGCUAGUAUCCUGUGACCUUUCUAAAUUUACUCGUUAAUUCUAGUAGUUUGUUUUUUGUGUUUUGUUUGUUUUAGAUUCUAUCGGAUUUUCUACAUUCAGGAUCAUGGCAUUUGAAAAUAAAGACUUUAUUUUUUUCCAGUCUGGA